CAAUUCCUUUCAAAUCACGUACAAGAAUAUCGUGUUAUUAUUUUUUUCAAACCUGUUGGCCGGUCAAUUCGGAAAUCCAGAAGCUAAAAUAAAGGAUCGUUAUCCUCAGAAACCUAUCGAAGAGGAAGAAAAGUUAUUAUUCGUGUGAUAACUCGUUAUAUAUAAAUUCGUAACUUCGUGAUUCUUUUCGCUGUUUUCACCUCGCAAUCAUCGUUAAUUCCGUGUGUUUCAGAACGUCAAAUAACCUCAAAUGUAGACUCUGGUCAAGGUUUUGGUUAUCGUUAUAACGACAAUACAGGAUGGAGAAAAAUGUUGAAGAGAAAGUAGAACAUGACAAGAAGCUUGAGAAUCAUUCGAUUGAAAACUUGAACGAUUCAGAAGUGGCACCUGAAAAUCAAGCGAGCACAAGUAGUGCAAUUUUUAAUCGUUCAAAAAGAAAUACCAAGAGACGAAGUUAUCGUCAGAAAAAUUCGAACAUCGAUGAAAAUAACUCGAACAGCUCAAACGUCGAUGAUUCGACUAAACCUAGCAGCAGCAUUACGAAUUUGAAUGAAUCUGAAGAACAGACAAAACUAACUUCUUGUACAACCACCUUAAAUGGAAAAGACACGAGUACUGGAACUGCAAGUGAAAGAAAUAAAAGUCCUAAUGCAGACUGUUUCACUCCAGAUGGUUCUGACACAUCUUCCAUUAUUGAUAGUGAUCAUGAACGUAAAGAAAACUCAGACGAUUGGACAACAUCGGAAGAAGAAAAAUAUCUUACACCGACAGUUCUCAGCAAAGUCAAGCCUAAACCAACCUUGAACGUCAUAAAAGAGAUUGUCCACAGACAGAUACGUCCAGGAGUUCAAUUCGAAAGGAAAUUUUAUGGGUCUCUUUAUAUGGUAGAGCGUUUGCAAUAUUUGCAUUCACUCGAAGAACAUCGGGACUGCGUAAACACAGUUGAGUUCAACGCCCAAGGCAAUCUUCUUGUCAGUGGAUCCGACGAUUUGGAAGUGAUUGUUUGGAAUUGGGCAACUGGAAGAAUGCGCAAGCCUUAUUACAGUGGUCAUCGGAAAAAUAUUUUUCAGGCGUCAUGGUUACCUCGCGACGACUUAUCAAUGAUGGUAACAUGUUCCAGUGAUGGUCAAGUACGAUUGCUAGAUUUGAACAACGGUACUACACGAAAAUUAGCUGCACAUCGAGGACCUUGCAAUAGAUUUGCCAUUCAUCCGGAGUAUCCCAACGUCGCAAUAUCCGUUGGAGACGAUGGUAAAAUUCUGUCCAUAGAUGUACGAGACGGCGAAACUUCAAAAUUGGUGACACCGAAAGAAAAAGGUUUUUCUAUGCAACUAUACACGAUUCAAGCGAAUCCUCAAAACUGUAACGAAUUCUGCAUUGGCGGUCAUUCGGAAUUCGUUAGAAUUUACGAUCGUCGUAAAGCCAAGGAACCCACUUUGAUUCUGCGUCCUAAAAAUUUAGUUGAAACCGCACAGAUUCACGUUACUGCUGUCGCAUACAAUUAUAACGGCACUGAGAUACUUGCGUCUUACAAUAACGAUGACAUUUAUCUUUUUGAUACCCUUAUACCUCAUCCAAACGGUGAUUACGCCCACAAGUACCAGGGUCAUCGUAACAAUAAGACAAUAAAGGGUGUCAAUUACUUCGGACCGGAAAGUGAAUUUAUCGUUUCUGGUUCAGAUUGUGGUAAUAUAUAUAUCUGGGAAAAAAAUACAGAAGCUAUAGUCCAAUACUUGCCGGCAGAUGCUGAAGGAGUGGUUAAUUGCGUCAAACCUCAUCCACAUAUUCCCAUAUUAGCCAGCAGCGGUUUAGACAGCGACGUCAAAAUUUGGAUCCCAUCGGCUGUUAAUCCACCUUCUCUUUUGACCAGAACUGGUCUCAAAGAAUCGGUUACAGCGAACUUGAGGGAUCGAAUGAAUAGUCAUCUUUCACAUGAAAGUCAUUAUGAUAAUUUAUACUACGAACUAACGCGUCUUCGAUCGAACAAUCUAUGGAACGGAAUAUCGAGUGACGAGGAUUAAGAUGAUGAAUAAUACAUGGCGAAUUGAAAUGGGAUUACGAAUAAGGAAAGCAACGUAACAUAGAAAAUAUUAUUAUUGCUAUGCGGGCGAAAACACAUGAAUCUUCAAUAUGAAAAAGGAGUUGAAAUAUUUUAUACAUUUUGUCGUGUUUUUUCAUAAAUAUUAUAUAACGAUAUUAUAAAUAGUGCAACUUCAGAUUAUGCGAAAGAAAAAGUUCCGUUACGAACAUCAGUAAUUCGAGAGAUUUUAAAAAUCACCAAAAAUUUACUGUUCAUGUUUGUCUUGAUAUAAAAAUAAUUUCGAUUACAAUUACAAAUUACAAAGAUCUUCCCCAAUAGUAAAUUUACAUUUCCCGAUCCCGGCAAUAAUUUUACGUUUCUCCGUGAGCCUUUUAUUAUUAAGCCACUGAAAUAAAUUAUUUACUGCAUUAUUUACUAUUACGUUGAGGCUGGUUGUUUCACAACAAAAACAAAAAAAUCUAUACACAAAUAAAGAGGGGGUAAAUUAUUAUUUUAAA